AUGUCCGACGUUCAAACGCGGCCUGCUGCCUCGCGCGGCAGGGGCUCUGGUCGCGGUGGCAGAGGCGGAUUUGCCAGCCGUGGAGGUCGCAACGGCGGCAGGACCAACGGCGCCGACAAGACUGAUUCGAAGUCCGAGGUCGACAACCCGAGCGCGUUUGACGAUGAGGGAGCGGUCGGCGAACUCAAGAAGCUAUACGGCGCCAAGACGCCUUUGAUUCAAGAGAUGUUCCCUGAGUGGUCUGAAGUCGACAUUCUGUUCGCUCUUCAGGAGACAGAUGGUGAUGAGACCGAGGCUGUCACGCGCAUCGCUGAAGGAACCAUCUCUCAAUGGGGCGAAGUUUCCAAGGUGAAGAAGGUCUCCCGUGCCAAGGCCAAGGAUUCGACCACUCCUGCCACUAACAUCGACUCAUCUGCUUCCAUCAGCAGGCCUGUACGUGGCGGUCGCAUCGUUUCAGAGGGUGGACGCGGCCGCGGCCGAGCCACCGAGCGAGGUGGGCGUGGUGGUCGGGGCAGGUCCUCACAACCGGCUCCUACGAACGGAGCUCGCCAGACAACAAAGGACAGUCAGCCUCUCUCGGUGCCCACCGAAGAGUCGCCCGCUUGGGGCUCCAAGACGGAUGAUUCUGUCGUCCAGCCCACCACCAUUGCCAUCGCUCCCAUUGAUGAAUCUCCUCAGGUUCCCGCCCCGCCUUCAAACGCUCCCAAGACUUGGGCCAGCAUGCUCCGCCAGGUUGCCGUUCCGAAGCCCGUCGCUCAACCUAAGGAAGCUCCCACCGUGAAGCCUUCCGAAUCCAUUGAACCUCUCCCUCCCGUCACCCACGCUGAACCCGAAAGCGAGCCCGAGCCUACUGCCGAGGCUCAGCCCGAGCCCGAGACCGCACCUGAAGCUCCCGCCGAAGCCAUUGAGGAGCCCAUCGCAGCUGAAGUACCUACCGUCAUUGAGCCUGAAGUGGCCCUACAGCCGUCCAAGGACCAACUGACUGAGACCAAUCUUGAACAGGUCGCUGAUGAUUCUCACCCUCCCGCGACCGCGACCGUGGCAAGCACCGCAGCUGAUUCGUGGGAUCCUCGCCUCAAUGCUGCCAGUGCCACCGCGACGCCUCUUUCUGCCGCACAGCAAGCGCACCAAGCCUCCCGCCCUCCGGCGACCCCCACCUCUAACAGCGGCUAUGCGACCUCGGCUCUAAAGGCGACUACUGAUCGCGCCACUCGUACUCCCAGCUUCCAGCGCAGAGUACUUGACCAGGAAGAGGCGGUCCGCAUGCCGGGCAACCGCGAGGUCGACCGCACCGCCGUUCAGUUCGGUGCCUUCAACAUCGGCAGCGAGGAUGAUGUUGAUGGCGAUCGCGAGGAACCUGAAACACGCGCUCAGCCCCCCGCAGAGUCCCCCAUCGCCCAACCCCGAACCUCUCUCCCACCUGCUGCCCCCCAGGCCGCCGUGCCCGAGGCCUUCAGCAACCAGAAGACGCAGGCGGCCCCUGCCCCUUCCGUCGCCCCCUCAGCUACGCCCGCUACCGCCUCUGCGGCCCAGCCCGCCUCUGGGAUUCAGCCUCCUCCUGGCGUUGGACAGCCUCAGGGACAGUAUUCCCAGUACGGCCAGCCUGGCUCACAGGAUGCGUCGUCUUUCCCCCAGAAGUCGGUCGAUCCCUUCUCGCAACAAACCAACACUGCUUCUACUCCCAACCGUCUGGACGGCUUCCCAAGCCAGCAAACGCAACAGGCUCAACAGCCUGGUGGCGCAUUUAGCUCCGCGCCCAGCGAGUAUUCCUCCUACUACACCUCCGACCAACAGGGACGCGGCCCCUAUAGCUAUUACGGUCAGCCUUACGGCCAGCAAAGUGGCCAAGGCCACCAGGAAGGCGUCGCCGGUCAGCAGCGAUCCUUCAGCGGCUACAACACGUCGCAGGCCGAGAACAUCAGCCAGUACCCCCAGAGCGCCGGUCUUCACAACCAGUCUCGCUACGGUGGGGCCGUCUCAAACGAUGCCAAUAGCGGACACACGACUCCCAAUCCCUCUACUCAAGCUCAGCAGCAAGCCGCCGGCCAAGGUACCCAGCCGCAAUCCCACGGCCAACAGAACUACCCCUAUGGUGGUGGUAACGGCAACCACCCCUACUACAACAACCCUUACUACUCCAACUACAUGGGCUACGGCGGACACUUUGGCCAGGGUGGCUACGGAGGUGGCCCCUACGGCAAGGCUGGCAUGUAUGGACAGCCGUAUGGUAUGUCCCCUCAGGGCCCCUAUGAACAUGCCUCGUCUCCCGCCAGCGGAUUCGCCCAAUCAUCUCUCCAUCGUGGCGACAGCGGCCUGGGUGGCUCUAGUCUUGGUGGUGACUAUGGUGCCCGCGCCGGCUCUGCGCAGUCUGGCAACCCUGGUAGCCUUGGCGGCAGUGGUUUUGGAGGUAUCCAGGACUCUUUCGGUCGUAGCGGCUCGUCUUUCCCCACUCAGUCUUCUGGCCAGGGCUAUAACGCCUCCGCUCAGCCGUCGACUGGCGCAUCUACCGGCGACGACCUGAAGCCAUACGGUGAAACCAAGGCCGGAGCGGGCCCUUCACCCUCUCUCGGCGGUGCUCGCCCUGGCUCUGCCACGCAGAACACGUCCAGCCAGUCUGGCCUGCCCCCCCCUCAAUCUGCCUCGCAAAUGGGUGGAUACGGCGGCUAUCCUAGCCACGCGCAAGGCCAUGGUCACCACGGCGGAAGCGGAUACGGUAUGGGCGGUAGCGGACAGCACGCUAACAACGGCUUCGGCUCGUACGGUCAGGCCUAUGGCUCGUACGGGGCCCAGGCUUAUGGCAGCGGCGGCCAGCAGCAACAGCAGCAACAGCAGCAGCGCGGCUGGGGCGGCAACUACCAUUAG